UAUUAAACUAGAAAUGCAACCCUGUAAAUCCACCAAAGAACACAGUUUAGUACACCACUGGCCAUGAAUAAUUGCUUAGUAAAUUUUUAAUAGAAGUGAUAUUAAAAGCCUUGAACAAAACAAUUCCAUCAUUAUAUUAAACGAUAUUGUCCAAAAAAGCACGUCUAAUACGCAAAUGAUGAUAAUAGUUAACACUUCAAAAUAAACACGGAUACAAACUAAUUCAUACAUAAACUGUAUUACACCUCAAGCUAAGUGAAAAGUUACAAGGACGUGCCAUGUCCUCAUUAUCAGCUUCUGCAGAAAAUGUGUCUAGCUCGGGCGGUGGCGGCAAUGUAGAGCAAGGUGCUGGUACUUCAGAUGGGAGCUCAAGCAUGUGUUUAGAGCUGGCUUUAGAAGGUGAAAGAUUGUGCAAAGCGGGUGAUUGCCGCGCAGGUGUGGCGUUCUUUCAAGCAGCCAUUCAGGCUGGCACCAACGACCUGCGCACUUUGUCCGCCAUCUAUUCUCAGCUGGGGAACGCUUACUUUUAUUUAGGUGAUUAUACCAAAGCCAUGCAAUACCACAAACUUGAUCUCACACUUGCACGCACUAUGAAUGACAAAUUGGGCGAGGCCAAGUCGUCGGGAAAUUUGGGCAACACUUUAAAAGUCAUGGGACGUUUUAAUGAAGCUGCCAUUUGCUGCGAUCGCCAUCUUACAUUGGCACGCCAGCUAGGAGACAAGCUAUCAGAAGGUCGCGCUCUCUAUAAUUUGGGAAACGUCUAUCAUGCUAAAGGCAAACAUAUGGGUCAAGGAAAUCCUGGUGACUACGGCGAUGAUGUACGUGAAGCUCUAAGUAAAGCAGUUGAGUUUUAUCAAGAGAAUCUAAAGCUGAUGAGGGAAUUAGGUGAUCGCGGUGCACAAGGCAGAGCUUGUGGAAAUUUAGGCAAUACUUAUUACUUGCUGGGUAAUUUUCAAAAGGCUAUCGAACAUCAUCAAGAGAGACUAUGUAUUGCACGCGAAUUUGGUGACCGCUCUGCUGAACGUCGUGCAAACAGUAACUUAGGUAACUCGCAUAUCUUUCUGGGCCAAUUUGAAGAAGCGGCAGAGCAUUACAAACGUACGUUGGCAUUAGCCAUGGAGCUUGGAGAACGUGAAGUAGAGGCGCAAGCUUGUUACAGUCUCGGAAAUACAUAUACUUUGCUUCGUGAAUUUUCAACAGCUAUUGACUACCAUUAUCGCCAUCUCGCUAUAGCUCAAGAAUUGGGUGAUCGUGUUGGAGAAGCACGCGCUUGCUGGUCUCUUGGCAAUGCACACUCGGCUAUAGGAAAUCACGAAAAAGCACUCCUGUAUGCCGAAGCUCAUCUUAAUCUGGCCAUAGAAUUACAGGAUCCGGUUGGCGAAAGUACAGCUAGGGUAAAUAUUUCUGACCUACGCAAACUGCUCGGGCUACCAGCUUCGCCGAUUGACUGCGAAGAACGUUCUAUUGCAUCGGAUAUUUCAGCUGGUAUCGUUCAACGAUCUGAUAGUUCAGGAAGCAGUCAAAGUCGUAUGGUACGAGUAAGACGCCAAAGUAUGGAACAAUUAGAUUUAAUAAAAAUUACUCCUGAUGGAAAACGUGCAGACCAAAUAAAUGCUCAAGACGAAAAACACAAUCAAAAGGGAGUUGCUUCGAAAGCCAAAGUGCAGGAUGAAGAUUUCUUUGAACUUUUAUCCCGUUCUCAGUCUAAACGUAUGGAUGACCAACGUUGCUCAAUUAAAAUUGCUAAAAAUCCACCAAAUACGACAUUACCAUUAGGAGAAGUAUCAUCAUCUGUCAUAUCAAGUUCGGGUGUUACACGUAAGCCAUUGGUGCAACAAAACUCUUUGGCCAGCGGCAGUAGCACCGAUGGCGGCGCUACUUCUGGUAUUAAAUCGUCUAAUAAUUCAAAUACCGCUUCUGGUCCUAUCUCAGGCAGUAAUCUUGGGCAUGGCCAGUUGGCACGUAGUGCUACAACUACUCAACAACCAGAUGAUGCCUUUUUGGAAAUGUUAAUGCGCUGUCAGGGUUCACGCUUGGAGGAACAGCGCUCUGAACUGCCACGUGCCAACAUCACAAUGGACGCUGAGGCACCACCACAAGCUAACGCCUCAGUUGGUGAUCGCAAUGGGGGCGCAAAUGGCAGCACUGGUGGUAGGACCGUACCCGAUGAGGACUUUUUCUCAUUGAUCAUGAAGGUACAAAGUGGACGCAUGGAAGAUCAGAGAGCCGCAAUACCUGGUUUUGGAGGCUAUCCACAACGCAACACAGGCAAUGGAGCGGCAGCGGGUGCUACAGGCGCAAAUUCUGCUAGCAAUGCUAGUAAUCCGAAUGCAAAGUAAUUUUGCUGUAUGUAUGUAUUUGCACGUAUUUGAAAAUUACAUCUAAAAAUAUGUGUCCGAUUUUACUUAAUUUAUUAUUCAUCAGUGUAAUUUUGUCAUGGAUAUUAGAAAGACUAAGCCCACGACAAAUGAGUAUAAUUGUAAAUUUUCAAUUUUACCAAUUCGGUUUUUAAUACUUGCAACUUGCAAGUUUACAUUUUUUAAUUCGCCGAAAUUAGAGCAGCAUUAAAUGAGCUACGUAUUCAGUUGUCUAAUCUUUUGUAUACAGAUUAUAUUAUAUUCUCAUGGAUUGUGAACUAUUUGUGAAAUAGGAUGACAGUGUUUCUUCGCUUUAAGUGCCACUUAAUUUUACAAAAGUAUUUUCAACCUCAAUUUACAGAAACUAAUUUUCUUGUUGGAGCCUCAAUUUUUUUAUAUAAAAGUAACGUAAUUUUGAUAUAUUGUCAUUUUUCCUAAUUUGCUUACACAAUCAACCAUAUCCAUCCUGGUAAUAAUUCUCAUGUGCUUCCUAUGGCUCCGAUUAAGUUGAUGUCAUUGGGAAGGAUGACGCGCACAAGAAUAGUCACAGCUCCGAAUUAAAAAAGAAAUGCAAAGAGGUUGAAUUGAAUGUAAAAAAUGGUAUGAAUCAAUUUAUAAUUUUUAUAAAGGCGUUCCCUAUUAACCAUUUUAAUCGUCAUAAAAUACAUACACAUACAAUCACAAUAGGCGCUUUGUGAAGAUGUAUUUAGAUAACCCUC